AGGGAGGAGAAGAGAGAGAGAGAAAGAGAAUGGUGCAUAGUGAGGGGGGCCUCAUUAUAUCCUUCCAGGACAAUGCGUGGCCCGUGCUUACCAUACUGAGGUGGCCACUCAAGUGGCUGUUCAAACAUUUAAAGCACAUCCUACUAAAUACAGAAGGUCUCUGUAAGACAGAUGAGCCCAGAGCUUCUCUGGCUGAAAUGGGAGUGAGGGGCUGAGAUCCCUCCCAACCCCCUUCUCACCAAAUCACCUCUGACAAGCACAGGAUAAAAACCUUUGACCUGGACGAUUCCAGGUAUCCGGGCUGCUUUUGUCAUGUUUUCACAAACAUACAGUUCAUCGAGGUUUGGAACGGGGACCUACGAGAUCAUCUGCAGAGCCUUAGCUUUGGAGACACAACUGUUGCUAGCACGGAGCCCAGGUUCACUGUGAAGUUGUCUGGCUGAGCUCCCGCAAUCCUGCCACCAGCCGGUGCUCGUGUGACCUGCUCUGUUUUUCCACUUUACUUCUUUUUAGACAUGGGCUUGCUAAUCACCCUCCUCAACUGUGACACCCAAGAAAAGCUGAGAGAGUAAAGUUAUAUGCAGCCUUCCUGUGACCUGUUUGCAUGUACCCGGUCAAUAAAACUCAGGCAGAGUGACAGUGACAGCUGCCUUGUGGCAUUCAGAGGGAAUUGAGCAGUUUAGCAGCCUCCUGGACAAGUAUAUCAUUACAGCCCAGCUGCUCAGAGAAAAAACACCUAAACGCUGGGGGACAGGCACAGCUCCUGCAGCCACCCAGGGACCUGUCUCGGAUACCUGCAAGGCCUGAUCAAGACUCUCCAGGCAGCUUUCUCCACGCUAGGACCGCCUAGUCACAAGUGGGUUCUCACCCGGACGCAGGCUCCCUGCCUGCAACAGCCUGGCUUUUAGCAGCUGAGAGGACACAGUCCCUGCUGGGAGGUGGCAGAGGAGAGUGAAUAGAAGGGAAGGUACGAUGGGGGCCAGGCAGUCAAGGGCCAGCUCCAAGGAUAAGGGCCCCAAGAGGAUACUGUUCACGGGGAGGAGACAGAAGUUUUCUCCGUGGGACGAUGCCCUGCUCCCGGGAAGGGACCCGCGGUCUCUGCUGAAGCGAGGCAUGCACCACGUCAGCUUCAGCCUGGUCACCAGAGGAAUGACAGACAUCCCCGACUUUCUGUGGGGCUUGUCCGAGGUCCAGAAACUCAAUCUGUCUCACAACCAGCUCCGGGUUCUCCCUCCCGAGGUGGGGAAACUGACCCGGAUCGUGGUCCUGAACUUGUGCGGGAACCGCCUGAAGAGCCUGCCCAGAGAAGUGAGCCUCCUGCAAGGCCUCAGGGUCCUGUUUGUCAACAUGAACUGCCUGACCGAGGUGCCGGCCGAGCUGAGCUUGUGCCGAAAGCUGGAGGUCCUGAGCUUGUCGCACAACUGCCUGUCCCAGCUCCCUGCGUGCUUCGCUGACCUCUCCAGACUGAGGAAGCUGAACCUCAGCAACAACCUCUUCGCGCACAUCCCCAUGUGUGUGUUCUCCCUGAAGGAACUGAUUUUCUUGCACGUGGGCUCGAAUCGCCUGGAAAACAUCGCUGAGAGCAUCCAGCACCUGACCAGCCUUCAGAUCUUCAUCGCAGAGGCCAACAAUAUCCACUCCUUCCCGAGGUCGCUUUGCCUGGUCACCAGCCUGGAGCUGCUGAACCUCAACAGCAACGACAUCCAGAACCUCCCAAGCGAACUCCACCUGCUGUGUAGACUGGUGAGGAUCGCCUGGAAUCCCAUGGACAAAGGGCUCCACAUUUCCCACAACCCUUUAUCCAAGCCUCUGCCGGAGCUGGUGGAGGGGGGCCUGGAGAUGCUCUUCGGCUACCUGAAGGACAAAAAACACACAUGACGUGGGUCCUGGAGGCCUGGAUGGGAGACAACUCACCU